AUGGAGGAGAUUUAUGAAAAGCUUAGCGCGGUGAACUUAUGGCAAGGCUUCGAAAACUCAGAUGAGGGGUCUUUUGAUGUCGUCGAGGCAUGGCUUCUGCAUUCGACUGGGGAAAUCCGCGUCAACCGCAAGACCGUCCGCGCGAAAGAGCUAGAUGACUGGCUCUCUGAGGAAACAGUGGGCGAUGGAAGCACAAGGGAGUCUCUUGUUUUGCGUCUAGCCUUGAUAAACUGCGAUAUCAAAAUUAGACAGCUGAACCUCUCCAAAGAUGUCAUGAAAAGACUUCUCAAUGCGUUCGGACUUCGACUGGCUUAUAAGUACUCCCAGAGUUGCAUCACCAACGUGGCUGCCAUCCCACCACUAUCUACACACCACCAGACCUAUUCUUUCUGCUACAUGCCUAAACUGGCAGCGGUCUGGGCGCAUCGCCGUUUCGAUGUCACGAACCAGAUGGACCGCCCGUUUGUUACGCAGGGCCUCAUAUUCCUUGACAAGUCCAACUUAGCAUACCUCUCCGAGGCUUUUCGCACUCCUUGGAGUCCCUCUCUCUAUGAAAGCUCCAUGUUUCCGGCCUUUCUACUUAGCCUCAUCCUGAGCACGCAGAUCCAUCAACAGGAAGAAAAGAUCAAGCUGAAAAUCCGCGCGAGUGAGAAGUGCACGGCGUUUCAGACAACAAGCCAGGACUACGACAAGAACAUGAUGAGUCUAUUCAUUGACCUAGCUACCCAGGCGGAAGGGUGUGCUGUAAAGCUCGGCAGCUUAAGCAGGAAAAGCAAAAUGGUGGAAAAAACUCUCAAUUUUAUCCUGAAGCACAUGAAUGUACCGGACCAGGGCAGCAUCGGAACACCGAUUUCAUCCAUCUCAACUGAAGCCUGCCAGCUGCUGCGAAAUCAUGUGCUCCUAUUGCAGGAUAGGUUGGAAAUGCAGGUUGUGGACAUAGAGUAUACUCAGAAGCGUGUGCAGCUUCAAACUGGCAUGCUCGCCGGCCUCAUCUCUAGAGGCGACUUCAGAGCAACUCUCAUUUUGGCAGAGUCUCAACAUCGAGACUCCCUGUCCAUGAAGACCCUAGCCAUCGUCACCAUGCUCUUCCUCCCCGGAAGCUUCAUUUCCGCCUUGUUCUCAACGUCCAUGUUCGACUGGGACAGCGUCGAUCCCACUUCGAACAGCAUUGGAGUGCGAACAAUGCCUCAGUUUCGGUUGUACUGGGCUAUUACUAUUCCGCUUACGAUUGUUACCUUCAUACUCUUCUUCCUAUGGCUGUGGAUGACGAAGCUACGAGGGGAUGCUCUGAGGAGAAAGGGAGAUAGUAUCAAGCAAAACUUUUUCGACAGACUGUCCGAGGAAGAAAAGGCAGAGGUGGAUAUAUACCAACCGGGGAGAUUGCGAAAGGAUACGGAAUUUACCAGGGCGUAG